UGAUCGAGGUCUAGUGAGCUGUAAUAUUUUAGUUCACUUAUGCCCACCGGGUCACAUUACUUGACGUUCACUACCUACAAUUUAGCAAGCGAAAAAAAAAAUCUCCACAGAUAUGUUUUUGUCCUAUUCUGUCGAGCCAAAUAAAUAAACCUCAUAUGAGGCUUCAUCAUGUGACAUAGUCCAUUGUCAAGAAGAAACUUCAAUAUGUCAUCAAAUUAUGAAAAAAAAAUUGAUACCACUAUUAAGUUACGAUGGUAAAUUUAAAGUUUCUUAGUAAAAUGCAAGUAAGUUCCGAUAAACAACUUCCGGGCCUAGUAAAAUCCAACGGGAACGGCGAUUUUAUAGAUUGUUGUUAUGAGGAGCGAACUAAUUGUGGUUCAUUAACAAAAAGAAGACAUUCAGAAAAUGUUCUGUGUGGAUGUCAGAAUGUGAGAAAAUGUAAUAAUGAAAUAAAGGAUGUGAAGUUGUGUUAUAAACAGUCGCAACAACUAACACAAAACACACUUGAUAACAGAUCUCAAGUAUCUGCAUUAGUAACCACUACGAGUCCAGACAAUGACGUCGAAAUUAAAUACGUAACACGUAUUGAUUCAGCUAGCAAAUACGCAUUGAAAAGAUCGAAAAAUAUUAAACGUGAUGUGUGUACAAAGUGCAAGGAGAUACUGAAAUGUAUUGAUAGAUUUUUAAAUAAUAAUAAUGAUAAAAUAAUAAUUUGUCCUACAAAGAAACUUCCAGAGAGUAUGCACAAUAUUGGUAAAUUAAAUAAUCAAAACAAUAACUUAGAGAUUUUAAAUGAACAAAAAACGUGUAUAGACGCUAAGCAGAAUGAGCAAAAUAAUAUUCGUUGCCAGAGUAUCCUACAGCUAGUCAAGUCUCGUUGCGGAAUUAGUUUGAAAAGUAAUAAAUCUACAAGCAACGAUACCAGAACCUACAAAAACCAUGAUGCGAACAAAAAUGAACAAAACGUUAGUAGUAAAGGAACAUCUGAAAACGAUAAUUCAACAGUCGUAUGUCAUAAGGCUGUUAGCACUAAAUUCAAAAGCGAUGCGAUGUGUUAUUUUGUAGAUUUAGACAACACUUGUCCAUCUUAUGUUUGUCCAGAUAAAUGUGGACCACUGAAAGCACCCAAACAAUUUUGUUUUCGAAAAAAAGUAGAUGUAGGAAUAGACACUGAUUGUUGUUUCAAAAGGACGUUGUUCAAUAGAAUUGGGAUUUUUUUUAAUUGUGUAACUGAGAAAUUUAGAAGUCGGCAAAAUGAUCAAAAUAUAGAAUGUGGUAAGCCUCUCAAAGACGCUCGUAAUCAGACAAAAAAACUUACGAUUAAUAUAAAAAAGGAGCCUGUUUGCAUCAUAUUUGAAAAUGCUUCAGGUCCUAAAGAUAAGUGCCCUAAUGUGUUCGGAAGAAUACCGAAAAAAAAGGUCGCUUUUCGCGACGAAUGUGUUAAUUUGCCUAAAGGAAUGGUUGCGAUUAAAAUUGAUCCAAAUAAUAAGAGAAUAAUUAAUAAAAGGGAGUUAAAAAGCAUAUUGAAAUCCUUGCCAAAGAAGGAAAUUAAAAACUGCCCUAUACCACCGUCAACCUCUAAAGUGGAAGUGACGACAAUGUUAAAACAAAAGUCUUCUCCCAUCGCUACUGCUUGCAAGGGACCAAUGUUCGUACUUAAAAUAGACCGGAAUAAUAUGCGUAUACUAAACUAUCCUGAAGUUAAAUGCAAGAUAAGCAAUUUAAAUAAAAUGUGCGCCAAAAAUCCGAAUUGUGAAUCAUGGAUAGUAACGAAAGGGAAAUGUAAUAUAAAACAAAAAGUUCGAAGCGUUGAAUCAAAAAUGUCUUUGUGGGAUAGAUAUCAUAGGAGCAAAUCAAAAAGUCCAGGUGCCCCAAUUAAAAAGAAACCAUCACAGGGGAAAAUUGAUGACAAGACCUGUAAAAAAUCUAUUAGCGAUUUUAAGUUAUUUUCAAAAGUUAACAGAUGUGUUAAGAAAAAGCAGAGAAGUAAAUCAGGUUCGAUAGUAACAAAGCACGUGCGUGGGAAAGGAAAUAAAAAAGGCAGCAAAAAAGGUGCCCGUAAAAAGAAAGUAGUUAAAAAACGAAGUCGUACUCCAUCUAAAAAGCCUAAAUGUCCCAAAGGAAAAUCUAGACAAAGAACUGUAUUACAUAAGAAAUGUAGAUCUAUCAAACGCCUUAAAAAGAAUAAAUCGAAGAAAAGAAAAAAUAAGAAAAAGAAAAAGAGGACUCGUAGAGGGAUCAAGAAAAGUAAGAGUGUUUUCAAAAAAUGCUGUCUACUUUUUAAGGCCGAGGUUAAAGGAAAAAGAAAGAAGAGGAAGUCAUCAAAACCGAGAAAAAACAAAUCAAAGUCCAAACAGGUAAUUUGCAAGCCUAUAGAAAAACAUAAAUGCCGUAAAACGAGUGUAGAGAAGUGUCAAUACGAUUACCUGAGACACACGAAGACACCGUGCUUAUGGCUGUUCGUUACCUGUCCUUUCCUGCACCGAAAUUAUAUGAUGUUCCGCUCGAUAUUCCACGAUUUCACUCGUUGCAUGUUACUGAUGCUUGCCUUGGUCUUCUGGUGUCCGUGCUUCCUGUGCAUUGAAUUGUUUCGUUGUUUUUGCAGUUAGUUAAUUAUUCCGUAGCUAGUGUUGUCAACUUGUAAACAGUGUAUAAAAAUAAGUGAACAAUAAAGUACUUUGUAUUUUUAU